AUCACAUGGCGGUGGUCGCAGCGCAUAAAACUCAGAAGUUCGCAGAAGAGGAAAGUAAGAAGGAAAUCGUUGGUACUGAAACAAAAAAUAAAUUAUUCAAAAGGGCAGAACAGCAUGCCAAACAUCGGGAACACAUGAAGAAAGUUUAUCUUAAAGGCAUUUUAAUGUGUAAUGGGAAAAUGAAGGAACGGUAUUUCCAGAAAAUGACGUCUGAAUUCAAUAAAUGCCAACUUUUUGAGAAGGAGCGACUUGAGAACCUAAAGUAUGAGCUACUGAGAUUUGUUAACGCUCUCGACAUUUCAGUUUUACCGGG